AUGGCCUCGACGGCUCCGGAGUGUAAGAAAGUCACAAGCUUUUACCACAUCCUUUCAAUUGACAAUUAUAGCUACAAUGGCACCUCGGACCUUCAACUUGAGCGUAUGAACGUCUACUUCAAUGAGGCCUCUGGCAACAAAUAUGUCCCCCGCGCCGUUCUUGUCGAUCUCGAACCCGGUACCAUGGAUGCUGUCCGCGCUGGUCCAUUUGGCCAACUCUUCCGUCCCGACAACUUCGUCUUUGGACAGAGCGGUGCUGGCAACAACUGGGCCAAGGGUCAUUACACUGAGGGUGCUGAGCUUGUUGACCAAGUUCUCGAUGUCGUCCGCCGUGAGGCUGAGAGCUGCGAUUGCCUCCAAGGCUUCCAGAUCACCCACUCCCUUGGUGGUGGUACCGGUGCUGGUAUGGGAACGUUGUUGAUUUCCAAGAUUCGAGAAGAGUUCCCCGAUCGAAUGAUGGCCACCUUCUCCGUUGUUCCAUCCCCCAAGGUGUCCGACACCGUUGUCGAGCCAUACAACGCUACUCUUUCCGUCCAUCAAUUGGUCGAGAACUCCGAUGAGACCUUCUGUAUCGAUAACGAGGCUCUGUACGACAUUUGCAUGCGUACCCUGAAGCUGUCCAACCCCUCAUAUGGUGAUUUGAACCAUCUCGUCUCAGCAGUCAUGUCUGGUGUUACCACAUGCUUGCGUUUCCCUGGUCAACUGAACUCUGACCUUCGGAAACUUGCCGUCAACAUGGUUCCCUUCCCUCGUCUUCACUUCUUCAUGGUUGGCUUUGCACCUCUCACUAGCCGUGGUGCAUACUCUUUCCGUGCCGUCACAGUCCCCGAGCUUACUCAACAAAUGUUCGACCCCAAGAACAUGAUGGCUGCUUCUGAUUUCCGGAAUGGUCGCUAUUUGACCUGCUCCGCUAUCUUCCGCGGCAAGGUUAGCAUGAAGGAGGUCGAGGACCAGAUGCGCAAUGUUCAGAGCAAGAACAACAGCUACUUCGUCGAAUGGAUCCCCAACAACGUGCAAACUGCUCUUUGCUCCAUCCCACCACGUGGCUUGAAGAUGUCAUCGACUUUCGUCGGUAACUCGACCUCUAUUCAAGAGCUUUUCAAGCGUAUUGGUGAUCAGUUCACAGCUAUGUUCCGACGAAAAGCUUUCUUGCAUUGGUACACUGGUGAGGGUAUGGACGAGAUGGAGUUCACUGAGGCUGAGUCCAACAUGAACGAUCUUGUCUCUGAAUAUCAACAAUACCAGGAUGCUAGUAUCUCCGAGGGUGAAGAGGAAUACGGUGAAGAGGAAGUUCCAUUGGAGGAGGAGCAGUAA